AUGGAGCUGGAAGAUGUGGAGAUGUACGGGCAUAACAAUUACACCUAUGAUGAGAACUCAACGUUCAACGGCACUUACGAAAACUGCCCCAACAUUAAUCUGCCCAUUGUCUAUGUCGUAACUCAGAUCUUGUAUGCCCUUGUAUGCGUGGUGGGACUGUUGGGAAACACGCUGGUCAUUUACGUCGUACUCCGUUACUCUAAGAUGCAGACAGUCACAAACAUGUAUAUUGUGAAUUUGGCUAUCGCCGACGAAUGCUUCUUGAUAGGGAUACCGUUUCUCAUAAUAACAAUGUCCCUGCGCUCGUGGCCGUUCGGGAGAUUUAUGUGCAAGGCGUACAUGAUAUCGACGGGCAUAAAUCAAUUCACGAGCAGCAUCUUCCUUUGCAUCAUGAGUGCGGACAGAUACAUAGCAGUAUGCCACCCAAUAGCCGCGCCAAGGCUGCGUACGCCGUUCGUUUCCAGAGUCGUGUCGGCUGCCGCUUGGACCGCAUCAGCGUUGGUCAUGACACCAAUAUUCAUGUAUACGACCCUGAUACAAACAGACAACGGUCUCUCGUGCAACAUCGUUUGGCCCGAGCAGGAGUUUACGAAGGGUCAGGCCUCCUUCACUCUGUACUCGUUUGCGCUUGGUUUCGCCGCUCCCCUCACGUUGAUAUUCGUCUUUUACUGUCUCGUCAUCCGUAAGCUGAAAACAGUCGGGCCGAAAAAUAAAUCGAAGGAGAAGAAACGGUCGCACCGGAAGGUCACCAAGUUGGUUUUGACCGUUAUAGCAGUAUAUGUUCUGUGCUGGCUGCCAUAUUGGGCGUUCCAGGUCGCACUGAUCUACUCGCCGCCCACGGAAUGCGCCAGCAGAAUAACUAUAACAGUAUUCUUAGUCGCGGCCUGUUUCAGCUACAGUAACUCCGCCAUGAACCCGAUCCUGUACGCCUUUUUGUCGGACAAUUUCAAAAAGAGCUUUCUGAAAGCUUGCACGUGUGCGGCCGGGAAGGAUGUGAACGCGACACUGCAUGUGGAGAACAGCGUGAUACCGAGGAAGAAGGGUGGCGGGACGGCGCGAGCGCAAGCCAGAGCCGCCGCUGAAACAAGGGGCUUGACCGCUCCGGAUGGUGGGGCUGGCGGCUCCAGAUCUGAGGCUUCCACGGCCGUCACCUCUCGUUCGGCAGCGGUCAGCGAAGCGAUGCCGAUGGACGCCCGGCCUGGGUCCAUGACCCCACUGAUAGCGCCAAACGGAAUAUCCCACUCGCGCCUC